ACAUGAUGAAACUCAUGCCUAAACAAGUGACUAUUUCACCUAUUGGCAAUUCGGUCUAUGUAAUACGUACUCUUGCCACGACUGAGCAAGUUUACGAGACAAUUAAACGUUCAAAGAAAGCUUUUCUAUCUUGGAAAAAAGUUUCUGUAAAGGAACGUGUAAAUAUUGUUUCCAAGUUUGUUGAUGCUUUUGUUGCCAAAAAAGAUGAUAUCGCUAAAGAGAUAACCAUGCAAAUGGGAAGUGAAGUCAAUAGUACUGCCGAGAGAGCACGAUAUAUGAUAUCUAUUGCUGAAGAGAAUCUCAAAGAUGUUGAAAUUAUAGAUGAUAACCCUAGUUUCCAUCGGUUUAUUCGCAAAGAACCUCUGGGUCCAAUUCUGAUUAUUGCGGCAUGGAAUUAUCCAUAUCUAGUAUCUGUAAAUAGCGUUAUUACAGCAAUUCUCGCAGGUAAUACCGUUAUCCUGAAGCAAUCCCCGCAUACUCCUUUAUGUGCAGAAAGAUUUGAGGAAGCUUUUAAAGAAGCCGGUCUUCCUGAAAACGUAAUUCAGAUUUUACAUAUGUCUAAUAGUGAUACAGAAAAUGUCAUAAAACAUCCAGAUAUUGCCCAUGUGAAUUUUACUGGAUCAGUCAAAACUGGGAUGGAGGUUCUGAAGUCUGCAAGCUCUAAAUUCAUGGGUAUUGGCCUUGAAUUAGGGGGCAAAGACCCAGCUUAUGUUCGCCAUGAUGCUGAUUUAGAAUAUACUGUAGAACAGCUAGUUGAUGGCUCCUUUUUCAACAGUGGUCAAAGUUGUUGUGCCAUUGAACGAAUUUAUGUUCAUGAACAAGUUUAUGAUCAAUUUGUUGAAAAAUUCGUUGAAUUGACAAAGCAAUAUAAGCUAGGUAAUCCAUUGGAUCCUGAGACUACACUCGGACCCAUGAUUCGCACUAGUUCAGCUGAUUUUGUUCGUCAACAAAUUGAAGAAGCCAGGGCAAAACCUUUGAUUAAUACUGAGUUAUUUCCAGAGGACAAAAAAAACACGCCUUAUAUGGCACCUCAAGUUCUUGUUAAUGUUGAUCACUCAAUGAAAGUUAUGAAAGAAGAAAGCUUUGGUCCUGUUAUUGGCAUAAUGAAAGUGUCUUCAGAUAAAGAAGCUAUUACAUUAAUGAAUGAUUCAGAAUUUGGCCUUACUGCAAGUAUUUGGACAAAAGAUGAAAAUUCAGCAUUAGAAAUCGGAAAUGAGAUUGAUACUGGAACUUGGUUUAUGAAUCGUUGUGACUAUAUUGAGUAUUUAAUAUUUGUUUAUUUCUUAGAUCUUGAUCCAGCAUUGGCUUGGGUUGGUACAAAAAAUUCUGGUAGAGGUUGUACUUUGUCUAAGUUUGGUUUUGAUUAUUUUACAAGUCGAGCAUGUGCAAAUGAACUUAGGUUAGAUAAGGGAACUGUAAAUCGGCACUGUGAUAUUCUCGGUACAUUCGCAAGUUUCAAAUUUGCUGUAUUUUGA